AAGGCAAUGCCGCUUCUGCUUCUUAUUGUUUUUAUUUUUUAUUCUUCUAAUUUCUGAUACUCUUUUUUUUUCCGAAAUUUUUUUGGCGAAAUAGGCCCCCAUCUCCAUUCUCCUCAUCUGCAACAGUAUUUAUUUUAUUCCCCUGCUUGGGGAUACAUUUCUCCAUGACGCUUUUUAACAAAUAAAGUUACGCGAAAAAAAAAAAGGCGCGAGCAACGGGACGGGAUGACCCCAACUGCGUCAUAAGGACAUUCUCCCAAAAACGUUUUACAGGAAGGUUUUUCCCACUUUCGCAUUUCAAAAAAAAGGGGAAGCCAAUUUACGCAGUUCCGAAAAUUUAUAGCAUGAAAUAGAGUGGCACUGCGAAGUGGAGAACAUCCUCAUACGUUAAGCAGCACGGGAGCUAUAUCUAAAGGGGCAUGAUCAAAGGGCUCGCUCUACGUCAGCACAGGGUGGCCACAGCGCGUGCGUAGCAUCCCAAAGGGAGUGCAUUCGUUCGCGUAGAUACUUAUCGCUUGUAUAUGCUUAACACGUGUAUAUGCUUAUCGCUCGUAUAUAUGCCAUCCCGCAACCAACAGUGAGCGACCAUGGAAUUCACAGGCAGCAACUUCCUGCGGUUCAGACUGGCCUUGAGCAUGAUCAGCGGGAAAGCCAUAACCAUCAAAAAUAUCAGGAAGAAAAAAAAAAAAAAAAAUUCCUGGAGAGAUGAGCAAAGUGAUGGAGUUGAAAGGGAAGGCCUGCGGGAGUACGAAGCAAAGCUGCUAAAGCUGAUCGACAAGCUAUGUGACGAUACAACCAUCAAGAUUAAUGAGGAAGGAGAUGAGCUGUAUUUCAAACCAGGAUUUUUAAUGGGGAAUGUAAAUGAUGAAGUGAGGAUAAGCGAUUUGGACAAUACGUUUCACUGUGGAAAGGAAAGAAGCAUCACCUACUUCCUGGAGUUCCUCCUUAUGGUAACUCCAUUUUUUAAAAACCCCAUCAAAUUGACAUUAAAAGGAAUAACCGAUGAUUCUAUUGAUGCCACUGUACAUACGUGUAAAAUUGUAAGCGAGCAUUUUUUUAAAAAUAUUUUAAAAUUUGACGACCAUUUUUUGAACAUUACUAUUGUGAGAAGAGGAGUACAGUCGGACUGCUCAGGGGAAGUUCACUUCUUCAUGAAUAACCUCAAGACAGUGGAACCUUUCGAUAUGAAUGAUGCUGGAGUGGUUAAAAAAAUAACUGGGACAAUUGUUUGCAAUAAAAUAUCUGUUGUGUUUCGAAAUAAAUUGAUGAAUUUCGCCAAAAAAAAUUUACUCUGCUUUACUCCGUACGUCAACAUAGAAGUGGAGGAGGCCAAGGUUAAAAGCUUCAAAACGCAGAAUCAUUUUAUUUCCUUUUCCUUGUUUGCCCAUACGAAGAAUAAGUGCGUGUAUGCCACGGAUUUGUGCGUGGACGAGUUUUUCUUGCGGCACGCGCAGGGCGUACUGAGCAGCGGGGGGGGGAGCGCCCAGAUGGAUGACCAGGGUGGAGCAGUGGGCGAUGAAGCAGUGGGCGGUGGAGAAACGGACGACGAAGCAACGGACGAUGAAGCAACGGACGACGAAACAACGGACGACGCAGCAACGAACGACGAAGCAACGAACAAACCCCAGAGGCACCGCUGCGCCGAGGAACACAAACAGAACAAACCCCUGCAUGACGCAGACAUAUACGAGCGCCUGGGAUUUUUCAUAGCCCUUAAGAUGAUGAACGAAAUAAAAGGGCUCCCCUCAGUCGAUUCCAACUACCAGUGGCUGCCCUUGUUGUACAUGGCCCUGGGAAACGACUUGGCCGUUUCGAAAAUUUCGUUGAGCAUGGUAAAGCCGUAUUCCAUUGCGCUGAUUAGAUUGCUGAGAGACUUUUUCAGCGUCGUGUUUGACAUUAAGAAGGUGGAGAAGUCCCCAGUGGAGCACUCCUACCUGAUCAAGUGUGUGGGCAUAGGCUAUCGCAACAUUUCGAAGAAGACCUUUUAG